AUGUCGACCUGUGACACUGAAAUAGAAGAUAUCAAUAAUGUCGAUAUAACAUUGAUGACAUUGAGGAAGCCUACGGAGUUGAAGAAGGUCAUUGACUCCAUACCUAAGCCGGAAAGAGCUGUGCCAAAGAAUGGCCUGCCGCUAUGGUACAGACUUGGGUUGGAAUGCAAGUUGCCUGUACCCAAGAUGCCGGUCGGGAAAAUCUUGUUCGCGCGAGGCAGGAUAGGUGAAGAUGUCAGGAGAGUAGGGCUCGGUGGUACUGGUCCUCAACCAACAUUUGAUCUGACCGAUCCUUACUGUAACAACGUCUCAUACGACUAUGUGCCAAUGCACGAUCCCCACCUGGCACAUCAUUUCGCGCAAAAGUCAGUCAGAAACAGAAUGAAGGAGCUCGGCUUUUGUACUAAAGAUGGUAGAGCUGUGUGCUCUCUUAAAGAAUUCAAUCAGUACAGAAAGUAUCUGUACAAUCAGUUUAUGGAUAGAAUACAUCAAGAGAUGAAGAAACUGGACGAACGUGCUCGAGACGACUUGACCUUGAAACGUGUGGAGGUGGACGUCGCACGACGACUGCAGAUCUUCACCAAAGCGGAGAGAGCUCGAGAACACCUGGAGAAAGCGGCUCAGGAACAUGCCGACGAAUGGGCGGAGAAAAAGAGACUGUAAGUAUACUUCUUAAUUUAUAGUAAACAGGAUAAAAACUUAAAAAAAUAGAACCUACUUGAAACUAAACAAUGUUAAUAAUACUUAUAUCAAAUGCGACUUGUUCAACAAAACGCUAUUGAAGUCGGGCGGAGGUCUUUUUUCGGUAUGUAAAUUAAAUGAUGGGUGCCAGACUUAAAAACCUUUUCUUGAAUAAGUCGCUUUUGAUAUUUUAAGUAUUAUUUAUUACUUUUCAAAUUUAAAGUCGAUUCUACAUUUUUUAAAGUGUUUAUUUCAUGCUUUUUAGUGAUAUUCAUAUUUUUAUAUAAUAAUAAUAUAAUAACACUAAAAAUAUUAAAUACUAGCUUUCCCCAAGCGCGAAGCUGCUUCGUCUCCAAGGAACUGUUUAUUUGGGUAUCAAUUCAUAUUCAUACCGCAUAUGAUGUAGCUACCCGUAGGUGCAUCAUAUGAACGUAACAUAUAUCUAAAGCUGACCAAUCCGAGAUCCAAUCCAAGAUUUGUUCUGAUUGGUCUACUGACAACCUGACAGAUCAUUAAGUUUCAUUUUGACAGAUCAAUCAUACUGUUACGGAGCGCAGCGACGCAAUGUUUCGUCUACCCGUCACUAGAUGGUGGUUCUUUUUUUAGCCAAUCGUCAUCACUAUUGAGUGUAUGUAAACCGAGUUUCACAGAUGUCCAUUAAAAUUGUCAUUAGUUUAACGACAUUAUCUGAUGUGUUAACGUAAAACAAUCUCAUCACUCAGAGUGAUUCGCUCUGAUUUCAACUCACUGUCACUUGACUUUUAUGCUUAG